GUGAAGACACGACCCCGGACGAAGGAAGGCGUUAACAAAUGGCUCGUAAAAGAAGCCCGUCAGCUUUAUGGCUUCACUCUCAUCCGAGUGUAACUCGUAAAAUGCCCGUGUGUCACAGAAUAUUCUUACUUUUAUGUUUACUUCAAUUCUCUUCUGUAUAUUCAGACAUAACCGACGGGAAUGCGGAGCAUUUAAAGCGCGAGCACUCGCUCAUUAAACCGUAUCAGGGUGUUGGAACAAGUCCCUCAAGUCAAUGGGACUUUUGGGGAAGCACAUUAGUUACCAGUCAGUAUGUGCGCUUGACCUCAGAUGAGCGGAGCAAAGAAGGAUCCAUCUGGAAUACAGUGCCGUGCUAUUUGAAGGAUUGGGAGAUGCAUGUGCAGUUUAAAAUUCAUGGAUCGGGAAAGAAGAAUCUUCAUGGAGAUGGUUUUGCUAUAUGGUAUACCAAAGAGAGACUACAUUCGGGGUCAGUCUUUGGAAAUCAAGACCAUUUUGUAGGCCUGGCUAUUUUUGUGGAUACCUUCCGUAAUGAUCUCCAAGGGAUGGAUCGCUCUUUCCCCUAUAUUUCUGCAAUGGUGAAUAAUGGCUCGCUGCCAUAUGACCAUGGGAAAGAUGGACGAUCCUCUGAAUUGGGAGGUUGCUCGGCUGAAGUCAGAAAUAAAGACCAUGACACCUAUCUUGCUAUUCGAUACUCCAAAGGCAGACUCACGAUUAUGAUAGAUGUGGAAGACAGGAACGAUUGGAAAGAGUGUAUUGAUUUCGGUGGUGUCCGCCUCCCUAUUGGCUACUAUUUUGGGGCCUCUGCAGCUACAGGAGAUCUUUCUGACAACCAUGACAUCAUCUCUAUGAAGAUGUAUCAGCUGAUGGUAGAACAUACUGCUGAAGAGGACAACCUGGACUGGACAAAAAUUGAACCUAGUGUCAGUCUCCUCAAGUCUCCUAAAGACAAUGUUGACGAUCCAACGGGUAAUUUCAGAAGUACACCCCUCACCGGCUGGAAGGUCUUCCUACUUCUGUUGUGUGCUCUGCUUGGUAUUGUGGUUUGUGCGGUUGUUGGUGCGGUGGUCUUUCAGAAACGUCAGGAAAGAAACAAGAGAUUCUACUAAAAGCCUCAAACAUAAAAGAACUUUGGAAAUCGUUGGUAGAAAACAUUGAUAUGAAUUUUUAACAUCUGUAUAAAUGUUUAUAUUAUUGAAGUUUGUUUGCAUCUGAAGAGCAGGAUAUGUAGCUUUAAAGACAUUUUUCUUCUGUAUGUUGGUCUGGUAAGAUUUAUGCCUGUGUGCUGAAGUAUAGUCAAUUACACAUUUUCAAUGCAGUCUUCAAUAGUUCAUGUUUAUUUUGUGAAUGACAAACUUAAUUUAGUUACAUUCAAAACUUUCUUGGUUUUAUAUUUUUUAGCUUUGCUUUGGUUUGCUUUGGUUGUGUUAUGGGGAUCUCUUUUACAAACCUGUAUGGUUAGAUUUUUAAGAGGGUUUUAAUGGACUGCAGAGGAAAACAAUUGGGAGUGUCCUUUUAGAUUAAUCAAAUCUAUUGAAAUGCUAUUUUCAGAGGUAACUUAUCUGGUCUCAUCAACUCUUUAAUAUGUUUACUUCCCAGUUUUAUGUAUUUUAUACAUUAUGGACUAAAAUGGAUUUUCACAAUUCAAAGAUUUAUUCACAUAAGAACCCCUGAAAGGACACAUUUAAAAAAUGAGUACUUUUGAUCAUAUGGAAUAAUAAAUGAACAAUGAGAAUAAUAGUAUUGCUGCAGAAUAACAAAACUUUAGUUUUUUGAAGUUUCUACAUAAUUUGUAUUAAUUUCAUACACUUUGCAAAUUUUAUUUUGCUUCCAUGAGAAAUGAUUGCAAUGCACUGAUUUGUUUUUACUUUUUACAAUAAGAAUUUUAAGUAAGAAAUGAGUAGGCAGGCAAUUGACUAAAAUGGUGGCUUUGGUAAGAAAAUAAAAAAGUUCUACCAGUUA